AGUCUUUGUGCUUUUUCCGAUGUUCUUCGAGUCAAUAGACUGAGAGAUUUGAAAAAUGCGAAUUUGGGUUGCCUCUCUCAUCUUCUACGGGUCAGUUUUUGCAAUUUGUGAGCUUCUUCGAUUUCUUGUCAUCAAAUCAUUUGACAAUUCGAAACGAUUAUCAGCUCUUUUGAUUUUAGAGUUUAUUGGAACAUUACAAAUAUGUGUUCCAAUGUUUGAUGUAGGUACAAUUUUGGAUAAUUAUGGCUUGUUGGGAGUUUUUGUCGAGAUUACUGUAAUUGAGUUGGCGAAUUGUUAUUUUCAAAGGGAUGCCGUUGCACAUCCAUGUCCACUGGUCACAAAUUGCUAUCGAAAAAGCAAAGCUAUCCGUAGAGGAAUCUAUGUCUUUCUAGUGCAACUUGCUGCUGCUUAUCUCUCAUAUUUUGUUGCAAGACUCUUCUGGAGUAUUGGAGUUCAUCCAAUUCAUCUUGAACUAUUGGAUGCUGAAUCAUGUUCAUCGGAUCUUACAGUUGCAAUCACCACUGGAUGUAUUAUUGAAGGAGUCGCAACUUUUGUUGCAAAAUGGUUUGAGAAAUAUGUUGACGAGAGAUACGACGGAGAAACGAAGCUAUGCUCAAUAGCCAAUUGUUUAUUUUCUGGACUUUUAUGUGCAAUUGGUAUUAACUAUACUGGAAUGUAUGCAAAUCCAAUUGUUGCUUGGGCUUGUACUUUCAAUUGUCUCGGAGUUUCCCAUGCUGGACAUCUUUUUGUUUAUUGGCUCAGCCCAUUGAUCGCUUGGUACUUCGCCGAAAUCGUUUUUGGCUCGGAAGAUGUUUUAGAAGAAGAAUCUGAGGAACAAGAGAAGGAUACCAAAAAGAAGGAAUAGAACAUUUAUUUUCGAAAAUUUACAUUUUAGGUUCUUGAGUUUGAGCUUUUAAAUUAAAUAUUCAACUUUAAAAUUUGUAAAUAAUAUAAAUAUAAACUGUUUUUCACUGA